AUGUCCGCUCCAUCGAUCCUUAUAAUCGGCGCUGGCAUUGCCGGUCCUCCGUUGGCAUCUUUCCUCCUUCUUUCUCCUCUCCCAGCAUCGCAGCUUCCAUCCAUAACAAUUGUGGAACGACGUGCAGAAGAUGAUCAAUCUAAGGGCCAAAACAUCGACAUCCGCGGGACAGGAAUGCAAAUUAUCCGAAACCUAGGCUUAGAAGCUGCGAUCCGAAAUGCUACGACUGGCGAAGAAGGUUGUCAAUUCGUCGAUGACAAGGGUCGCGUAUGGGCAAGCUUUGCGGCGGACAAGACUGGCCAGAUUCAGACCGGCACGAGCGAUAUCGAGAUUCUGAGGGGAAGACUAGCGGCGAUUUUGUUGGGGAGAUUGAAGAGUUUAAGUGAUGAUGUGAAAGGGAAAGGGGGCAAGGGAGUGGAAUUCCUGUUCGGGGACUAUGUGGAAGAAUUUACCGAUGUUGGAGAGAAGGGGGCGGAGGUGAAAUUUGCGAAUUCUGGGGAGAGACGGCAAUUCGACGUUGUAAUCGCUGCCGAUGGAUUGCAGAGUCGGACGAGGAGGAUGGUGUGGGGUGAGAGUGGAGAAGAAGACAGGCUCAAGAGGUUGGGCAUGUAUGGCGGUUUCUUCAGUAUGCCGAGCGCGAAGACGGACAGCGAGUGGCGAAGAUGGUUCCAUACCUCGGGAAGGAGAGGCAUCAUGGUGAGGCCUAGCGACGACCCGAAGAUCACAACGGUGUUUGCGUAUGUGAUCAACGAGAACGAUCGCAGGCUUGAAGACGCCGCUCGAGAUGGACGGAAAGGCAGCGCCACCCAACGAGCUUUGUUGAAAGAGUACUAUCAGGAUGCCGGGUGGGAGUGUGAGAGAAUCAAUAGGGAGAUGGAGAUAGCCGACGACUUCUACUUCGAUAUGGUAGCUCAGGUGAAGAUGCCAAAGUGGAGCAAAGGCCGAGUGGUGCUACUCGGUGAUGCUGGAUAUUGUGCAUCGCCAAUAAGCGGAAUGGGAACGACCUUGGCACUCAACGGAGCGUACAGCCUCGCUGGAGCCCUGACUCGUAAUCCGCACGAUCACGCUGCGGCAUUCGAAGAGUACGAGAACAGCAUGCGGCCUCUCGUGGACCGCGCUCAAGCAUUACCACUCGGUGGCAGAGUGCACUAUCUCAUCAACCCGGAGUCAGUCUGGGGUGUAUGGGUUCUGCAUUUGCUGUGCUGGUUCUUCUGCCAGUCUGGCAUCGCAAUGCUGCUCGCGCGGUUCCAAGGUCCUCCAGCAAAUGCCGUGCCUAUCAAAGAGCACGGCUUCACGCAGGCAGCUGAAUGGCGAGAGUAA